AUGAAUGAAAGUUAUUAUUGUAAUAGCGGGCAGUCGGGGUUAAUGACCGGCCUAGAGAAUGUCACAUCGCCUCCGAUGAGGUCACGGAGUUCGGGCGUAGUGCAUGAGUCACCGUCUAUGCUGGGAGAUGCACCGGCGGUGUUAACCGAGCCAUCUAUCCCUGUCGCACCUAUGCACUAUCCAAAUAGAGUGCGUAGCGAGAGUGUCCGGAGCGAAAAUGAUAUUAUAAGGCAGGGCACUGUGAACAAUGAAGCGCUCGCGCAUCGUGUAACCGAUGAGGUGACGUCACGGCGCAGUGUUAUACCGGCGGCGGCGGUUGAUUUGAAUGAAGGUGGUUUGCAGAAUGAUAGUGAAGGGGAGUGGGUUCGUGUAGUGAGGCGUCGAGGAACACGUACAUCGCGUUUCAAAGUUAUGUCCACUGAAACUACAUUUACCAGUUCCCACAUGGAGACCAUGAUAGUGGUCCUCAAGCCUAGAUCAACUAUAAUGCUUUAG